GGCGGGGCGAGUUUGGGGCGGUGUCGGGUCCGGGCCGCCGCAUUGCCCUGGCCCGAGGCUUGGGGGUCGGCGGCGUUGCCCGCGGCGGCCCCCGGAGCGACAUGACGGACGCCCUGGUGCGCCCGCCGGCCCAAGGGCGGAGGCCCCUCAGCGACCCGGGACACUAUUUCCGAAAGGGAUGUAACCCCCUUGCUCAAACUGGCCGGAGCAAACUGCAGAAUCAAAGGGCCGUCUUAAACCAACAGAUCAUGAAAGCGGUGCGGAUGAGAACUGGUGCCGAAAAUCUUUUAAAAGCCACCACAAACAACAGAGUGCGAGACCAGGUCCUCCUCGAACUGAGUUAUGUAAACUCAGACCUGCAGAUCUUGAAGGAAGAAUUAGAAGGGCUUAACAUCUCAGUGGAAGUUUACCAGAAUACAGAGGAGACAUUCACCAUUCCCCUGAUUCCUCUUGGCCUAAAGGAGACCAAAGAAGUUGACUUUUCAAUCCCCCUCAAAGAUUUUAUCCUGGAACAUUAUAGUGAAGAUAGUUCUGAAUAUGAAGAUGAAAUUGCAGACCUUAUGGAUUUGAGACAAGCUUGCAGGACUCCCAGCCGAGAUGAAUCUGGAAUUGAGUUAUUAAUGAGUUAUUUCGUUCAACUGGGCUUUGUUGAAAAUAGGUUCUUUCCACCUACUAGACACAUGGGAAUUUUAUUCACAUGGUAUGAUUCCUUAACUGGAGUUCCAGUCAAUCAGCAGAAUCUGUUACUGGAAAAAGCCAGUAUUCUAUUUAAUAUUGGAGCCCUCUACACACAGAUUGGAACAAGGUGUAACCGGCAGACAGAAGCAGGGCUUGAAAGUGCCGUGGAUGCCUUUCAGAGGGCCGCAGGAGUUUUAAACUACCUAAAGGAAACAUUUACUCAUACGCCAAGUUAUGACAUGAGUCCGGCCAUGCUAAGUGUCCUGGUCAAAAUGAUGCUAGCUCAAGCUCAAGAAAGCAUCUUUGAGAAAAUUAGCCUCCCGGGAAUACGAAAUGAGUUUUUCACAUUAGUGAAGAUGGCUCAAGAAGCUGCCAAGGUUGGCGAGGUUUACCAACAGCUUCACACUGCGAUGAGUCAAGAACCAAUUAAAGAGAAUAUCCCAUACUCAUGGGCCACCUUAACUAAAGUGAAAUCAGAUCAUUUCAAAGCGCUGGCUCAUUAUUUUGCAGCGACUAUCCUAAUUGAUCAUCAAUUGACCCCCAGUGACGAUGAAGACCAACAGGAAAAGUGCUUGUCCCAGCUAUAUGAUUUCAUGCCUGAAGGGAUGACACCUCUAGCCAUCUUAAAGAAUAAAGAAGAACGAAAACACCUAGGAAAAUCCCAUUUACGCAAAGCCAUUGACUGCCAUGAAGAGUCUGUGCGGGUUUCUGGACUGAGCAAAAAGCUACGGAACAUAGAGAUCCUUCAGGAGAUAUUGACCGUUGCCCACAAACGAUCGUGCCUCAAGUAUUCUCAGCAUGAGCAGGAUGAUGAUUUACUAAACUUAAUAAUGGCUCCAGACAUUAUUUCUAAAACAGAGCAAGAAGCUGAGAUGGUUACUCCUCAGUUUUCCAUGGUAUCAGUGACAGACUUCUUCCAGAGGCUGGGCCCACUAUCUGUGUUUUCUGCACAUAAGAGAUGGACAGCUCCACGUAACAUACAGUUUGCCUGUGAAGAAGGAGAUUUGGGAUUCACCCUAAGAGGAAAUUCCCCAGUGCAGGUUCACUUCCUGGAUCCAUAUUGUUCUGCUGCACUCGCAGGUGUGAAAGAAGGAGACUAUAUUGUUUCAAUUCAAGGGAAGGAUUGUAAAUGGCUGGGAGUGAGCGAAGUUAUGCAAACUUUAAAAAGUUUCGAGGAGCAAGACAUUGACAUGAAGGUCAUCAGCCUCCUGGAAGCAACAUCUAUGCAUAAUAAAUGUGCAACGUACUCCGUGGGAAUGCAGAAAACGUAUUCCAUGAUCUGUUUAACUAUAGAAGAUGAUAAAAUUAGCAAAACUAAAAAAGUCUCCAAAAAACUGUCUUUUCUAAGCUGGGGAACCAACAAGAACAGGCAGAAGUCAGCCAGCACCCUCUGUCUUCCAUCCGCAGGAGUAACAAGACCCCAGAUCAAGAAGAAACUUCCUUCACCAUUUGGCCUUCUUAAUACGGAUAGUUCACUGUACUAACCAAUAAUGAACGAAGAAAGGUUUAGUCUCAAAAUAUUUCUGAACACUAUUUAGCCCCCAACAAUUGUGCCAUAGAUGUGAAACGUAUAUUCACUGCUUAAUUUGUUUUCGUAGAUUCCAAACUUACAAAAGGGUACGUCUGUUCUGAAUGAGUGCAGAUAAUAAGGAAUCGCUGAUAGAAAACAACUUCAAUUUCUACUUGAUAUGUAUCCAUGUGUUACUGCAAGUUAUUUAUUGUGUAGGGUACUGUAUAUAAAAUAGGCGGUUGAAAAUUUGAAGGAUAUUUUAAUGACUGUGAACUUUUAGUCACUAUCAGAUUUAAAUGAAAAAAAAUCACUUAAAUUAACUCUAAUCUUAGUCUUAUAAUAGAUUACGACUUUGAGAGAAAAGAGAUUACUCUUUUGCUCAAAUGAAUUUAAGUAAACAUUGUUCCUAACAAGAAUAAAGAGCUGCUAAAGGGCUACUUACAUCUAGACUCUAGUAAUGAAUUUGAAUUACUCUAUUAAAUAUCAAUCAAAACACUUCCUUUCCAAACUAAGCUUAUUAACCAAAAAUGACAAAGGCUCUUACUAUUUGCUCUGUAUAAAUUAAAUAUUAGCCUUAGCCAAUAUAAGGAUGGCCCUGGCUAAAAUCAAAUGCUAAACUUGACAACUCAUUAUAUAAUUUGUCCUGAUAUUUUUAAGUGGCCAGGAUUUAAAGCUUACUUCUUUAUCACACCUUGUUUUCUAAUCAUUUAAAAGUUACUAACACAGGAGUGUUAGGUGAAGAUGCUAUCUACAAGGUAGAUAAUAUACUGUUUGAUACUCAAAACAUUUUCCAUUUUGUUUAGAAUAAAGUAGUUAAAUGCAUAAAUGCACAUUUUGAAAACUCUUGGGUACAAAGCUUUUUUUUUAGCUUUUCUCUUGUUAGGGUAGAUGUAAAUAAAGCUUCAAGCUUUAUUUAAGGUUUUUAAAUUGCAUAAAGUACUGUAGCAUACUGGCUAGAUGAACCAGGGAGACUCUUCUUACAAAUCUUGCAGUUGACUGUAGUAGAAGGUAAGUUCCAAAACACUGCUCAAAUCCAAUUCUUUACACUUGAGGUCAAGUUUACUUUCCUCUGUUCAAUAACUAAGGUGGGCCCAACAAAGUCUUAAGAAAAUGGAUCCAGAUAAUGCCUUUGUUACCCCUGAAAUAGGUUUAGUGUAUCUGAAUAAAAACAUUCACUCAAAUUAA